AAUAUUCCAGCCAGAUAUCUCUUAGCCCAGGACAGAAUAGAGGCUGGUCUUGGCUAAUGUUUGAACUAACAGUCAGCUGAUUCUCCCAGCUCCUAUAUAUAUAGAGGAAGUUUUGGACUGACUGUCUGCAGCAAAGAGGACAUUAAAGACUGUAAAGAUGCGUGGGAUCUUUGCUAGUUGUGCACUCUCAGCCCUGCUGCUGGCUGCAGCCUGGGCAGACCACCACCACGACCACCACCACCACGGCUCUGAACACAGCCACGAGGGAGAGCUGAGCUGCCACAAACUGUCCUCUCCCAAUGCUGACUUUGCCUUUGCCCUCUACAAACACCUGAGUACCAACGCUGCUGCCGGAAAAAAUGUAUUCUUCUCGCCGCUGGGCAUCUCCACCGCCUUGUCCAUGCUGUCUACAGGGGCCAGUGGUGAGACCCACCGCCAGCUGUUCUCCAGCUUGGGCUACAGUGCUCACACCCAGGCACAGGUCAAUGAAGCGUACGAACAUCUCUUCCACAUGAUGGGACACAGCCAGGAGAGCCAACAGCUGGAUGUUGGUAACGGCGUGGCGGUGCGCUCCGGCUUCAGUCCUCUGGAGAAGUUCCUGAAGGACGUCAAGCACUACUACUCUGCUGAUAUCUUCAACGUCGACUUCACCAAACCUGCCGAGGCUGCGGCUCAGAUCAACACCUUCAUUGCCGGUAAAACCCAGGACAAGAUCAAAGAGAUGGUGAAGGACUUGGACGCUGAGAUGGCCAUGGUGCUGAUCAACUAUGUCUACUUCAGAGGACAAUGGGAGAAACCCUUCGAUGGGAACCAGACGCACAAGGCAGACUUCAAUGUGGACGAAACCACCAAGGUCCAGGUGGACAUGAUGAAGAGGAAUGGCCGCUACCAAUUCUACCAGGACGCCGACAACCACACCACGGUGGUCAUGCUGCCCUACAAGGGCAACACCUCAAUGAUGAUCGUUCUGCCAGAUGAAGGCAAGAUGAAGGAGGUGGAGGGCUACAUCAACAAGGACUACAUCGAGCAUUGGCAUGAUUCGCUCUUCAGGAGCUCUGUGGAUCUGUUCCUGCCAAAGUUUUCCAUCUCUGCUGAAGCCGCCCUGAACAGCCCACUCAAAGAAAUGGGCAUAACCGAUGCUUUUGCAGACAACGCUGAUUUCUCUGGCAUGUCCGAUGAGAUCAAGCUCAAAGUCUCAAAGGUGUCCCACCAGGCCGUGCUGAGCGUGGAUGAAACGGGAACAGAGGCAGCAGCCGUCACCACCAUCGAGGUCAUGCCCAUGAGCAUGCCUGAAACGAUAAAACUCGACAGGCCCUUCAUGGUCUUCAUCCUGGAGCACUCGACCAGAAGCAUCGUCUUCAUGGGAAAGAUCAGCAACCCUGCAGCCGAGUAAA